CCCCUCAGUGUUACUCGCCUCUUCCUGCACAUCAGGAUAACCUCAGAACUUGCUGCCCUUCUGGGAAGACCUCCUCCCACCUGGAGGAAGCUAUCCUCUGUGGAUAGAACAUUGGUGCCUCUGCAUAUGUGAGUCCCAGAGAAGGCAUGACUUCUACCCUCCUUAGUUACCAUGCCCCUCUGCAGCUGACUAAGUCACCAAGAUGCAGCCAAUGUUCCUAUACCUGGCCUGAGGGCCAGCUCCCCAUCCUGAAAAACUUGUCUGGGCGCCCCCCUGCCAACCCAGGCAGUAGAGCCCAAGGAGCAGGUUAGACAAGAUUCCUCUGCAGCCCCUCCCACCCUCAGGACAAAAGCAGCCACCCCAAGGGCAGGGCCUCACUUGCCUCAGGAAGCUGCAGCCCUUCGACAUCCAUUCCAGCACCCAGCCCAGCUAUGGCAUCCCUGCUACUCAUCCGGAUCUUGCCCUUGAUCCUGAUUCUGCUGGCUGUCCUGGCCCCAGGGGCUGCAGCAGUAUUCAACAUCUCAAGCCUCUCUGGUCUGCUGUCCCCAGCACUAACGGAGAGCCUGCUAGUGGCCUUACCCCCUUGUCACCUCACAGGGGGUAAUGCCACAUUGAUGGUCCGGAGAGCCAAUGAUAGCAAAGUGGUGAAAUCUAACUUUGUGGUGCCUCCAUGCCGUGGGCGAAGAGAGCUGGUGAGUGUGGUGGACAGUGGGGCUGGCUUCAUGGUCACCCGGCUCAGUGCAUACCAGGUGACAAACCUCGUGCCAGGAACCAAAUACUACAUUUCCUACCUAGUGAAGAAGGGGACAUCCACUGAGUCCAGUAGAGAGACCCCAUUGUCCACACUUCCUCUUGCCAGAUAUAAACUCCGUAUAAUUGAGCCACCAAAAGUACCUGUAGGGAAAAAACCCAAACCUGAUGAAGAUGGUCCAGAUACUGAGCCCAACCUGUGGAUGUGGGUAAACCCCAACAUCGUGUUUCCCCCUGGAAAGCUAGAGGUCCCAGCACCUAGUAAGGAGGAGGAUCUGACAAGCAUAUUCCCCUGCCCUCAGCCAGCCCCCAAAGAGGAAGACUUUGCCACCUGCUCAGAAGCUGGAGUCAUGGAGUCACUGCCACCUUCCUCCAGAGAGCAGUCUUUCCCUUGGAAGCAGUUUGCUUCUUUCCCCAGCAACUGGGAGCUCACAGAAGAGGAGGAGGCUAAGGACCAGGAUGACAGCUCCUGUGUGGCUCUCCCAUCCCCUCACAAAAGGGCCCCCCUCCAGAGUCGGCUUCGGCAAGGCAACAGCCAGGAGGGGAGGCUCUGGUCCAGGCCCCCUCUCAAUUACUUCCACCUAAUUGCACUGGCAUUAAGAAACAGUUCCCCCUGUGGCCUCAACGUGCAACAGAUCUACAGUUUCACUCGACGACAUUGUCCCCUUUUUCCGGACGGCUCCGAGGGCUGGAGAAUACCAUUCGUCACAAUCUCUGUUCCGAGACAGCUUUGAAAAAGUGCGGUCAGCAUGCAGGGUGGGGGCUAGCCAUGGCCUCGAUCCUGCCUCUGGAAGUUGACUAAAGAGGACACCGCCGUUUUGAGGAGGAGGCCCGAGCCUUGGCCUCCACUCAGCUGGAAAGUAUCCACAGUGCAUGAGCCGC